AUGCACUUUCCUGGAAAUUCGUAUUCAUUGGAUGAAAAACUUGAUACUAUAAUCCCCAGACAUAGAAUUAAAAACGAUGAUGUACCAAUUGGAGGGGAAUGUGGAAGAACAUUAUUGGAGCCUAGUGGUUCUUUUAGGUCGCCAAUAAACCUAGAUGGAUCGUUGGUUGGUAUCGAACGUUGUGAAUGGAGAAUAAGAGCUACCGAAGGUGAAAGAAUCGAGCUUUAUAUUAUGUCACUGAGUACUUACGAGAGUCCUGAUUGUGCAGUUGAUUAUUUGGAAAUCAGAAAUGGCUACUACGCUAAUAGUACAGUGUUAGCUCGUUAUUGUGGAGAUACUUAUCCAAUUAAUUUAAUUGCUAGUAAUUAUUUGCUAGUGACAUUUGUAAAAACAAGUGAGGAAAGUAUUUACAGUGGGUUCCACGCUGACUACAAGACUAUUUGCGGAGGUAACAUUAAGAUUGAGAAAGAUGCACCUUUCAAUUUAGAAUCAACAAACUUUCCUGAUGCGUAUCCGCCAAAUAGACGGUGCAUUUGGUACUUUACAGCACCAGACAAACAUCGUAUAGUAAUGAAGAUCAAUUACUUUGCUCUUGAAACGAGUGACGGUUGUAUAAAUGAUUUUCUCGAAAUUAGAGAUGGCAAUGAUAACCAUGCAGAUCUGAUUGGACUCUACUGCGGUAUCAAAAACUCUUGGCACGUUAAUUCAACGGAUAAUAAAUUGUCGGUUGUAUUUGUGAGUAAUGAAAUCGAUGAGGAUUACGGAUUUUCAGCCACGUUAUUAGCACUGCCUGUGAAUAGUUAAUUUAUUGAAUUAUAUUCAUGAGACUAAGUAGACAAAAUGACCACUUUGAUGCUAUCAUAAUAAUUUAUUGAUUUCGAUUGAUAAUUCCAGUUAUAUUCACAGCGACGGGACAUGAAAUUUUGUUCUCUUAAUAUGUUUUUAUAAUAUUUAU